CUAGGUACUAUCUUUAAGUCUGUUCUUGUAAGAUGCUCGGUCGUAGAUACCCACAAACAGUUCAUGUGUUGUAGCACAUCAAUCCUCGCGAGCAUCCGUUGUUGUAGAACAUGUGCUACCAACACGGCCUCUGCCAAAAUAGUUGGAUCUCUCUGUGAAGGGCUAUAUAAGACCCUAGUGCGAGCGGUGGGCUUGAAGUGUAUUACACCCCAGCUUCUCUUUCCCUCCCACGCACUGAAGAAAACCAUGUACCGAGUACUGCUCGUCGUCUUUGCCACUCUCGCGGCCGUCAACGCCGUCACCAUCACCAACUAUGCGAACCGGAAUUGCGGCGGCAGCGCCCGUAGCUGCAGCAACAUCGGUGAAGGCAGAUGCUGCUACCGACAGGGUAGUACCUUUGCCUCGAGCAAAUUCAGCGGCCUAAUCAACAGCGAGCUGGGCGCGGUCUGCAGCGGGACAGCCAACGCACAAUGCAAGACCAUCCGGAAGGCGUCCCCCGGCAACGGCUGCAUCAAUCCUCCAGGCCCAACACAGCGCCUCAAGGGCAGCUACUGGCUCAACUGUAUCAUCCGCAGGAAACGCGCCAACUGCCCCUCGGUCGAGUCGAAAGAGGCUCUUGCCCAGCUGGAGGGCACCGAAUCCCAGACCGGCGAGCAGGUCCUGCCGGACAAGGUCAUCUUUGACGGCCACGUCUUCAACAUCAACUAUCACGUCCCAUCAAACGUAACGGAGGCUCUUGAGUAUCUGGCGGACGGGGAUGCUCGGUACGACGACGUGCCCGAGGAUCUUAAGCAGUUUGAAGUCACCGGCGACGCAGCCAAAGAGUAUCUUGAAAGUCCUUAGAGCUUGUGACCAGUCUUCAUUUUUCCUUUGUCGAAUCUUCGCUUUCUUUCCUAGCACUCUCUCGGUUGCUCAGUUGCUCUCACAGUCGCUCUCUCAGUCGCUCUCUAUUCCGUGUAUUGUCCUGCAAUCUCAAGCAAGGUCUCACCAGC